GUUGCCAAAACCAGUGUAGGGAGCAGUCGCUCACUAGCACAGCUGUGUAUGUGUGAGGAUAGUUUGAGGAUCUUGGUCUGUGCCCCAGCACGCAGUGGUUACCUGACUCUGAGAGAUGAUGAAACUUUGCCUGUCUUUGGUUAUUGUGCAGGUUUUGGGAUUAAUCUCUGUCUCCAGUGCUUUAAGGAAGAGACGUCAGACUGAUUACUGGGGUCCCUGGGGAGAGUGGGGAGAGUGCAGCCGGACGUGUGGGAUCGGGGUAACAUUCCGAGAUCGUCAUUGUUAUUCUUAUCGGAGGGAUGGAGGAAGCAGUUGUGUUGGCCCUUUCCGCAGCUACCGUUCUUGCAACAUUCAGGAUUGUCCUGAGGGUUCGAGAGAUUUCCGGGAGGAGCAGUGUUCUGCUUUUGAUGGAACAGAUUUCCAGGGAAAGCACUACAAAUGGCUGCCGUAUUAUGGAGCUGCAAAUAAGUGUGAGCUGAACUGCAUCCCCCAGGGUGAAAACUUUUAUUACCGACACAAAGAGGCGGUCAAGGAUGGCACGCUGUGUGAACCAGGAAGUCGUAAUAUCUGUGUUGAUGGUGUCUGCAAGACUGUUGGUUGUGACAAUAUGCUGGAAUCAUCACAAGUUGAAGACAAAUGCCUGGAAUGCGGGGGAGAUGGCAGCAGCUGCUAUGUAGUCAAGGGAACGUUUACUGCUGCUGAUUUGCUGAUAGGGUACAACCAAAUCCAUAUCGUUCCCAUCGGGGCUAUGAGUAUUCGUAUCCAAGAAGUAGUACCCACAAGAAACUUCCUCGCAAUCAAGAAUGCGAGAGGCGAGUACUACCUCAACGGUCAUUGGACAAUUGACUAUAGCCGGGCCCUGUACAUCGCCAACACAGUCAUCCACUAUGAGAGAGGAACAGAAGGUGACCUGGCCUCUGAGGUCAUCCACGGCCGAGGACCCACAUCUGAACCCUUGAUACUGGAGAUUAUUAGUCAAGCGCCUAAUCAAGGAAUCGAAUACGAAUAUUAUCAAUCGCGAUAUCGUAUACCUUCUCAAGGUUACUUCUGGAGUGUUGGUUCCUGGAGUUUGUGCAGCAAGGAAUGUGGAGGAGGCUACCAGACGCGGCUGGUGUUCUGCACCAUCGACAAUGAGGCCUACUCGGACUAUCUGUGCAGGAACCGGGUCCGGCCCAGCUCCAACAGAACAUGCAACGGCCAGAGCUGUCCAGAAACUAAACACUGGAAGACCACCGAAUGGAGUGCGUGCUCAGUGACGUGUGGGACAGGGCAGCAGACCAGGUCCGUGUUCUGUACCUUGUCGAAGCCGGGUCAAAGGGAGAUGUUUCGUGAUGACUCGGAGUGUGCUGCAGUGACAGUGAAGCCCCUCUCACACCAGGCCUGCAACCUGCUGCAGUGUGCCAGCUGGAGGACCACUGACUGGACUGAGUGUUCAGUAUCAUGUGGUGAGGGUAUCCAGACUAGGUCAGUCUCCUGCGUCAUGGAGUCGGACAGCGAGCUUCCAGACUUUGCCUGCCUGGCUCAGACAAAACCAUCCAUGAUCCAAGCUUGUUUUCUCAAAUCCUGCACAGAUGUCUUCUCAUGGUACAUUGGGGCUUGGAGCACGUGUUCAGUCACAUGUGGAGAGGGUACUCAGAGCAGGCCGGUGUCCUGUAUGUCCCACUCGGGUGGUAAAGUGCCAGACUUUGCAUGCUCUGCUCAAAUGAAGCCCUCAUCCACCCAGCCCUGUGUCCGGGAUAACUGCAGUGAGUUCUUCUCUUGGCACGUGGGUGCCUGGGGUCUGUGCUCCAAGAGCUGUCAGAUGGGCAAGCGGAGACGCCAGGUCAUCUGCUAUGACCAAGAUCGAAAGCACCAGGAUCCAGAGAAGUGUGACCCACGUGCCUAUCCUCGGGAGUUUGAGGAUUGUAACAGCCAGCCUUGCUUCCUGCCCCAAAUGGUGCCCAGCUUUCCAGAUCCGACCGGAUUCAACCCUGUCGAGGACUUGUCGACAUUCCCGAACGCUGAGUCUCCUCUGUUUCCUGGACCCCAUUCUCCGAACUACCUGCCAGAUCGUGGGGAGACCAACCUCCUUCCAGGGCACAGUGAGUGGUAUCUGCCCCAUCUGUAUCCGUCCGCCUGGUAUCCUCCAGCAACUGGCUCCAACCCUGAGCCCUCAAAGACACGGCUGGAACUGCUGGGGCCAGACAUGAGGGGCUGCCACACCGAACCUUAUGGCUGCUGUCCAGACGGAUACGCCACAGCCACUGGACCAGGAGGACAGGGCUGUCCCACCAUUCCCUGCUACAAGAGCAGGUAUGGCUGCUGCCCCGACGGAGUGACAUCAGCGAGGGGGUAUAACCAGGCCGGGUGCUCAACAUUUUCAACCAACAGUAAUUCUAAUAACAAUGACCGGCAGAUUUUUGAGUCACAGGCUGCUGUUCGAGAUAAUCCAUCGGGUGAAUGUCGGAGCUCCAUGUUUGGUUGUUGUCAUGAUGAAUUGACACCUGCCAUAGGCCCGAGGGGAGAAGGCUGUAGGAGUGGUCCCAGACACCCUUAUCCAACUCCAUGCCUGCUGCUGAGUGCUAAUGGGCCCUGCACUGAUUGGACAGUCCGAUGGUUCUUCAUCCCUGACGCAGGGCUCUGUAACCGCUUCUGGUAUGGAGGCUGCCAUGGCAACAUGAACAACUUCGAGACGGAGGAGGACUGUGAGAAUCAGUGUAGGCUAUCAGGUCGUGACCGUGGCAUGAAUAGGCCAGACGAUCGGGCUCCCUGGUGGUCUCCACACCCAGGACGAUGGUCUGAGUCCUCCCUGCUUCCUACACGGGCUCCGAACAGAGGCUCUGUCCAACUACAGCCACACCAUCCCAUUUACAGGUUAAAUAUCGACAGAUCUGAUCCUUCUUUGGUGAGUUCCCGGCCAGGACAAACUGUGAGGUUACUGUGCAGGGUUGAUGCAUUCCCAUCUCCUCGUAUUGAGUGGCACAAAGAUGGAAGACUGUUAUUUUCAGCAAGACACAGACAGCAGCCCGAUGGAUCAUUGCUAAUCAGCUCGGUCCAGGAUCAAGAUGGUGGAUUGUACACAUGUCGAGCAUCAAACAGACACAGUCAGGCAUCUCGUCAGGUUCAGCUCAACAUUCAAGUUGCAGCUCACAUCCGGCCUGUGUCUGUGAUCGAGGCCUGGGUUGGUUUCUCAGCCCAGCUACCAUGCCCGGCUGAAGAAUGGCCAAGACCCCGGGUGUUCUGGGAGAGAGAUGGCACCCGCAUUGGACCAGCGGCCCAGCCCAGGCUCACUCAGCUGGAUGACCAGUCUUUGCGCUUUACCUCAGUCAUGCCCAGCGAUGCAGGGGAAUACGUUUGUGUCACCCAGAAUACAGUGGGACUGCUGCAAAGAAUGGUGGUGGAACUUAAGGUCAAAGGAGAACUGAAGAUCAUAGGACCACCUCAGGAUCUACAUGUAGCCUUAAGGGGAACAGCAGAGUUUCCGUGUGUGGUAUCUUCUUCCAAUGCUAAUGUACAGUGGACAAGGAAUGGAAUCCCCCUCCGAACAGAUGGGGAGCAUAUCUACAUUUCCCCAGAUGGUAUUUUGACUUUGCACAAUGUCCAGUUGGAAGAUUCUGGGACUUACACCUGCAAUGUGUACAGCGGCUCUCACUCAGUUAGUGCCAGUGCUGAAUUGACUGUCACAUCCCCGGAACCAGAGCUGCAGUUGACAGACCAUGAUUCAUCGUGUGUGGAUCAGCCAGAACUGGCUAAUUGUGAUCUGAUAGUACAGGCCAAUCUCUGCUCCAAUCAGUACUACUCCAGCUUCUGCUGUUCAAGCUGCUCGAAGCCACGGUCAGAGGGCUAAUGAUGGUGUGGGUCUCAGGUCCAUUUUAUUGGAAGUAGCAUGUAAAGUUUACUGUAGGAGAUGAAGAAUACUACUCGACUGAUGUUUGCAAAUGCAAUUCCUUAGAAAAAGAUGACCAACAUACUUCUGACUAUAUGAGCAGUCAAACUCACCCUUUUAUUAUACAAACCUGUACUUUUUUUAAACUAUUGAUAUGUCAAUAAUUUUAGAAUGACAAGUUACUGAACACUCAUAAGAAUAUUGUUAAUAUAGAAAAUAUGAUUUUCAAAAAUUCUGACCAUUGCAAUUUCCAAAGGUGCACUGCAAAAUGUAUCUGCACUCAGAUUUUAUUUUUAUGUAAAAAGACUAGUAUUUUUAAAAGCUAAAUGUCGGUAGGUUGGAUAAACUUAGCAAAUAAUCAGAUAUUUUUCCAGCUGGCCUUACAUUUAGUGUGCUGUCGGUUCUUUGAAGAGGUGACAAGACAUUAGUUUUGUACAUAAUACUCACUACCUACUUUCAACUUAACCAGAAUCACAUUUUUUAUGAAGAUGAUUAUUCAUGUAAUAAUGUAUGUUGUGUGUUUAUUAAUACGUUUCUGCAAAUAGCAUGUCAAUGAAUUAAACAAACUACUGGCCUUUUUAUAAUUACACCAACAAAAUACAAUAAAUUACUGAUUGCAGGAAAUUUUUAAAAAGUCGCAUUGUUGAUAGAAUCUCCUGGUGCACAGUGAAUUUUUUUUGAGAUAUGCAAAACUAUUCUAUUUGAACCAACAAAUAGGUUUUUAGAAGUACUGCAGUUCAUUUUAGGAUGAAUCAUGCACACAUCUUUUCUUGCAACAUUCCAGAUUUAUUUUACACCUUGUUCUGCAGCAUAUGACACUAUUUUCAAGGCUUCUUUGAGUUUUGUCAUACUUACACUUCAAUUCCACAUCCACUC